AUGAUUCCAGAAGCUAGGCCGCCUUCUUGUGACCAAUCUGGUGACAGUUGCAUAUUGCCUACCACAUGGCAACUUGUUCUCCUAUGUUCUUCGUUUGGACUUAUGUCUAUUGGAGCUGGGGGCAUCAGGUCAUCUUCCUUGGCCUUCGGCGCAGAUCAGCUCAAAAUGCAAGACAAACCUAAAGAAGAUGGUGCCUUGGAGAGAUACUUUGGCUGGUACUAUGCUUCAGCGUCAUUAUCUGUCUUGAUUGCAAUGAGUUGUAUUGUGUACAUUCAAGAUAACAUAGGGUGGCAAGUUGGAUUUGGAGUUCCUGCCAUCCUCAUGUUCUUGGCGGCUCUUUCAUUCUUUUUGGCUUCUCCAUUCUAUGUCAAGUUGAAGGCUGAAAUGAACCUGCUAACUGGUUUUGCUCAAGUGAUUGUUGCCGCUUAUAGGAACAGACAUCUUCUAUUAUCAUCGAGGAGGACAGAUAUGUUGUACCAUCACAAAAAGAGGUCGAUGCUGGUUGUUCCUACUGACAAACUAAGGUUUCUAAACAAAGCUUGUACUAUUAGAGAUCCUGAGCAGGACUUGACCCCCGAUGGGAGAGCUUCAGACCCGUGGAGUCUUUGUACGGUGACUCAGGUAGAAGAGCUAAAAUCACUAAUCAAGAUCAUCCCAUUAUGGUCGACGGGAAUCAUGAUAUUUGUAGCCAUGAGUCAAAGUUCUUUUCCUGUACUCCAAGCAUCCUCCUUGGAUCGACACAUAACUUCAAAAUUUGAAAUUCCAGCAGGUUCCUUUGGCUUGUUUACAAUAGUGUCUCUAACAGUGUGGGUUGUGAUCUAUGACCGUUUGAUCCUACCACUAGCAUCAAGAAUCAUGGGAAAACCAGUUUAUCUUAGCGCCAAACAAAGAAUGGGCAUUGGACUUAUCUUUUCUUUCAUUUCCAUGGUAGUGACAGCCUAUGUGGAGGGUGUUCGACGAGAUACUGCAAUCAAUGAAGGAUAUAUAGAUGAUCCAGAUGCCAUGCUCCCAAUGUCAGCAAUUUGGCUACUGCCCCAAUACUGCUUGUGUGGCAUGGCCGAGGCAUUCAAUGCCAUUGGACAAAAUGAGUUCUAUUUUUCGGAGUUGCCCAGAAGCAUGUCUAGUAUAGCUUCUACUCUCCUCGGACUUGGAUUGUCUGCGGCAAACUUGUUAGCUAGUUCUAUAAUGAGCACCGUCGAUGAUGUUACUAAAAGAGGAGGAAAGGAGAGUUGGGUCUCAAGCAAUAUCAACAGGGGUCACUUUGAUUACUACUUUUGGGUUCUUGCAGGUUUGAGUUUGGUUAACAUUUUGUACUUUCUUGUUUGCAGUAGGGCUUAUGGUCCUUGUAAAGCAGAAGUGAUCGAUGAGGACGAUGGAGAUGAGAUAUCAGGCAGAUAA